GCCACCUCGUUGCGUUUUCACAAGUUCGCGAGAGAUCAAGAGCGUGGAGGCGACAGUUAGUUUCCCCGCUGACGACCUCCGGAUGAAAAUGGGUGCUGUGCUUCUUUACACCUAAACGGAAGGGGCAUCUAUCUACUUACUCCCAAGUCAGCACGUGAGGUGUCCAAGCUAGAGGAACCCCAUUAAAGGCGUUUGUGGAUCGCGCAGCCUGAUCUCACGAAUGUUUAAUGGGAUCGGAGAUCCGCCCUCCACCGUGGGGCUUACGCCGAAGCGUGCAAAAUGGCAGAAAGACCCAUUUGGGAGCAAAUUGGAACAAGUUUUAUACAACUUUAUUACCAGCAGUUUGAUACCAACAGGGAACAGCUAGCUUCACUUUAUACAGAUGCUUCUUGUUUAUCAUGGGAAGGGCAGCAAUACCAAGGAAAAGCAUCAAUCAUGGAAAAAUUGCUGAGACUCCCUUUCCAAAAAAUUCAGCACAACAUAACAUCCCAAGAUCACCAGCCAGCUCCUGACAACUGUAUCCUUAGUAUGGUUGUUGGUCAGCUGAAGGUGGAUGAUGAUCCAGUGAUGGGAUUUCACCAGUUGUUUGUUCUCAAGAACAUUAACGACAAAUGGAUCUGUUCCAAUGACAUAUUUAGGUUGGCUCUGUACAACUUUGCUUGAAAUCUCUCUUCUCAAGCAUGCCUUUGAGAUCGUUCAUCAAAAAAAAAAUGUAAACAAAAAUUGGUUUUAAAAUUGCUUGUAUUCUUCUUCAUUCUUUUGCUUGGUGAUUGAAAGAACAUGUAUAUUCUGUUUUAAAUGUUAAGCAAUCUCAUUAGGAUGAUCACUUCCUCUAAUAUACCUGCAUUUCACUCCUGCACAUCUGUCACAUAAAACAUUGUGUAUAUAAAGUAUUGUAAGAAUGCUCUGCUUGUCUAUUAUAAUUGCAUUAAACAUGUUGAAACUUGCAUAAAGGAUCGCUUUUAAAAUUGCUCUGAAAUUUAGCUCUGAAAUAACCACAAGAAGUCCUGUUAGUGGACAUGAGGGAAUAACCAUUUUUCUUAAAUGCAUUUCUUCUACAUGACUACAUAUUUCAUAUCCUCAUGUUAUUUGUUGAUAUGUUGGCAUGAACUCUGGGUGAAUUUGCAGUGCUAAGUUUGCAUUUUGAAUAUAUUGUUUGCAUGAAGUCUGAGGUGACUGGAGCCGUUCAUUAUCAUGGCAAGACAAGCCCCAUGUAUGCACCAUUGUGCUGCCCCGUGUUUAUGGAAUUUGUUACGGCUAAAGAUUUAUCAGAUAUGAGAAUUUGCCCAUUCAUAUGGACAAUUAAAGCUUUUCUUUUCAA